GUGGUUUCUCCAUUCGGCUUCAUCCUAAAUUCAAAUUUCGCCAUUUUCUCUUCUCAAAAACAUUUUCAAUCAUUUCUUAGGGUUUAACAAUAAUAAUCAAAAUUCCAAAUGGCUGCAAUCAGAGCCACAACCAGCAUGUUCCUUGCAAGAUCAAGUUUCCGCCCCACAUUCUCUUCACAAAUCACCGUACGUUUCUUCCGUACGGCGUUGCCGGCGACGAGCUGCGGUGGAGUCCACUGGCGAGCUCAUAGCAAUUACGGUGUCGUACGUUGCGCCUCCAGUAAUUCAGGCGGCGAGGAGAAGAAGACGCCGGCUCGGCUUGCUGAGGUCCAGCGGCUUCUGCAUGAAGCCGAGGAGCGGUUUAAAGAUGCCGGUGCUGGUGCUGACCCCGUUCCCCGAAUCACUCUCGAUCAUGUUACUGUAAGCUAUGCAAGGAGUGGCGGGCCUGGAGGUCAAAAUGUCAAUAAAGUGAACACCAAGGUUGAUAUGCGAUUCAAUGUAAAAAAUGCGUACUGGUUAAGCGACAGGGUGAGAGAUAGGAUUAUGCAAAAGGAGAAGAAUCGGAUCAAUAAAGACGGAGAGCUUGUGAUUUCUUCAACGAAGACUAGAACUCAAAAGGGUAACAUUGAAGAUGCUUUGGCAAAAUUACAGGUACUAAAUUACCAAAAAAAGAAAUUACAGGCAAUCAUUGAAGCUGCUUCAUAUGUCCCACCACCUCCUUCAGAAGCGACAGUGAAAAAGAUCGCUAAGUUGUCUGCCAUUGGGGAGCAGAAACGUUUGGACAAGAAGAAAGCUCAAUCUCAGAAGAAAUCACUAAGAAGAAGCCGAGACAGUUGGGAUUGAACUGUUGGGAGCAGAAAGCACAGUUUGCCAAUAUUUAUUUGUUCAACACUACAGUUUGGUGAACACAGAUCACCAGCCCUUAAACCAGUUAGUGAGCAGAUACUAAAGGAAGAAGAGUGCCACUUGAAUCAUCUCUACUUUCAGAUAUGCUGGAUAUAGCAUCAUAGAAAUUACACCUUUAGAUACUAAGCUAAUUAUUGCGAUUUGUGAAUGAGAGGCUUUAGAUUGAUGGGAUUUCGAAGAUAAGCUCUUUGUCAGCACGACAUAGAGUUGCUUAUAUCAUGUACAACAUUAUCGAUUUUAUACUGUUCAUGUAGCUUAUUUUUUGCAUUGUCUGCAAUCCUGUGAAACUUGUGUUACAUGAUGGGUCCCGUUAUUGGAUCUCAUUUUUGUAUGGGCUUAUGUACUACCUCUUAAAAGAGAGGCUUUAAUAUUAUUAUUCAUUUAUGUCA